CUCCUUCCCCGGUUUCCAUUGGCUGGCGGUUCUAGUAUAAAGCAGUUGCUCCUGAACGUAAUUUCCUCUUUCUUUCACGGAGUCCUGACCGUGAGUUGACACCUUGUCUUUAAACCAGUCGUUUGGCAAUCCCUGAGAGCACAGCCAAGAUGCCCAGGGAAGACAGGGCUACGUGGAAGUCCAACUACUUCAUGAAAAUCAUCCAACUGCUGGAUGACUACCCCAAGUGCUUCAUCGUGGGCGCCGACAAUGUGGGCUCCAAGCAGAUGCAGACCAUCCGCCUGUCCCUGCGGGGGAAGGCCGUGGUGCUGAUGGGCAAGAACACCAUGAUGCGCAAGGCCAUCCGUGGGCACCUGGAGAACAACCCCUCCCUGGAGAAGCUGCUGCCGCACAUCCGCGGGAACGUGGGGUUCGUGUUCACCAAGGAGGACCUGACGGAGAUCCGGGACAUGCUGCUGGCCAACAAGGUGCCGGCCGCGGCCCGAGCUGGAGCCAUCGCCCCCUGCGAUGUGACCGUUCCGGCCCAGAACACCGGACUGGGACCCGAGAAAACCUCCUUCUUCCAGGCCCUGGGCAUCACCACCAAGAUCUCCAGAGGAACCAUUGAGAUCCUGAGCGACGUGCAGCUGAUCAAGACGGGAGACAAGGUGGGCGCCAGCGAGGCCACCCUGCUCAACAUGCUGAACAUCUCGCCCUUCUCCUUCGGGCUGAUCAUCCAGCAGGUGUACGACAACGGCAGCGUGUACAGCCCCGAGGUGCUGGACAUCACCGAGGACGCCCUGCAGCAGCGCUUCCUGGAGGGCGUGAGGAAUGUGGCCAGCGUGUGCCUGCAGAUCGGCUACCCCACGGUGGCGUCCAUCCCCCACUCCAUCAUCAACGGCUACAAGAGGGUCCUCGCCGUUGCCGUGGAGACGGACUACUCCUUCCCCUUGGCUGACAAGGUGAAGGAGUUCCUGGCCGACCCCUCUGCCUUCGCUGCCGCCACCGCCGCCCCUGUGGCAGCUGAGAGCGCUGCGGCUGCCCCGGCGGCUGUCAAGGAGGAGGUGAAGGAGGAGUCGGAGGAGUCCGAUGAGGACAUGGGCUUCGGGCUGUUCGACUAGACCCCCGCCCUGGCCCUGCUGUUGCAGCAAGAACAGCAAAAUAAAAACGAAAGACUCUA